AUUCAAGGGACGAGGGAGGGUCACAACAGUAAAACACAUAUAUGAUCUGUGCAACAGAGUGGCGGAUAUUUUUUUUUAUUCUUUAUGCUUUUAAAUAAAUAGUAUUACCAGACAUUUUGAUAAAGAUUCAAUGAAUUGGCUAAUUUAAGGACUGGGCAAAUCCUACAAAAUGUUUCCAAUACAUUUAAUUGGCAAGUUCCAGAUUCCUCAAUGUGAGGCUCUGCAGCUUUUCUUUGUUGCAUAUGAUAGCACGCUCUUUUGUUUUAGACCUUUGGAAGGAAAAAAGAAUAAGAAGCAAUAGGAAGAAUUCGCCUGAGGAAAAAAAAAUUAUUUCAAAAAUAUAUGUGACAAGCCAUGUUAAACUGCAUCUUGAUCAUUGAACAGUGCAGUGUUCCCUCACUUUGACAACGCACCUGUAUAAAGACGAUUGGCCCGAUGACGCUUUGACCUUGGGUUUUUUUAAUCUCUUUAUCUGUGCUGCUCAGCCUGAAGGGAACAGGGAGCUAAUCUCCAUGGGAACAUUGGGUCACGGCGUUGCAUAACAUGUCAUCCUCACAAAAGCCCACAGAGCCACCUGAGCUGCGUAGCAAAGCCUCGCUGAGCCCGCGGACCGAAGCACUUGCACACAAGCCGCGGACUCGGCGUGCACAUCGACCGACGGCUGGAUCCUUUUACACUCGCGUCUUCUGCCGGGGACCGACAUUAGGUAUCGGAAAGGAUUGGCAAAGAGACCGAUUUAAACUGGAUUAGAGUUCAUUACACCACCUUAAUGAGGGGUGGGGCCUGCAAAGCUCUUGGUGUCCGUCCUAAAACAGACGGGCCCCCGCCCCUCCUGUGUUUUGGGGGCAUCAGCAUACAGUAGUGUGUAAGAGAGGACUGAGAGGGAGACAGUGAGGGCUCUGCUCAGCGUCCUGGGACCUACCGCAAUGAUUUGGGAACAACAAGUCAGACCCCCGCGUGCAAGUGAAGUAAAUUCCUUUCUCUGGAUCCCACGGGGCCAAAGGAACAACUUGUUUUAUAUUGCUACGUGCAAUGGAUUCCACAGCUGUGUGUUAAUGCAGUACAAAACUUUGGAAACUUGAGAUGCCUGGAGGCGUGUGCCAGGUGGAGAUCGCCAAGCGGCACCACAGCCUCCACAGCCUGUCGGACAGCUCCGAAGCCGACGAAGGGGCCGAGGGUCCGCCCCCACUCACCCCCCUGCAGAAGCUCACCGCCGACAUGUGCAAGGACGAGAAGACCAUCAAGGACCUGAUCAUCGGCCGCAGGGUGGGCUUCUACAAGGUCCGCGGGGAGAUCGGCUGUGGUACCUUCUCCAGGGUCAAACUGGGUUUCCAUGCUCUGACUAAAGACAAGGUAGCCCUGAAGAUCCUGGACAAGACCCGGCUGGACAGCCAGGCCCACCGUCUGCUCUACAAGGAGAUCAGCAACAUGGAGUGCCUGCACCACCCGAACGUGGUGCGCCUGUUUGAGGUGGUGGAGACGCCGAGCCGCCUCUACUUGGUGCUGGAGUACGCGGGGGGCGGAGACCUCCACAGCAGGAUCGCCGCCGAGGGAAAACUGUCCGACAACGCCAGCAAGAUCAUCUUCUCCCAGAUCCUCUCCGCCAUCAAAUAUAUGCACGACAUCAACGUCAUCCACCGGGACCUGAAGGCGGAGAACGUCCUGCUGACCGGCAGCGGCUGCGUGAAGGUGGCCGACUUUGGAUUCAGCACGCAGGUCUCAAACCGCAGCGUCGCCCUCGACACCUUUUGCGGCUCGCCGCCGUACGCCGCCCCGGAGCUUUUCCGGGACGAGUGCUACCUGGGGGCGCCGGUGGACGUGUGGGCCAUGGGGGUCCUCCUCUUCUUCAUGGUCACCGGCACCAUGCCGUUUCGCGCCGAUACCAUGGGGAAGCUGCGGCGCUGCGUCAUCGAAUGCGCCUACACCGUGCCUCCCUGGGUGCCCGGCCCCUGCCAGAGGCUCAUCAAGGGCAUCCUGAAGGGGGACCCCGCCGAGCGCCACGCCGUCGACCAAAUGCUGGGCUGCGAUUGGCUCUUACCGGUGCAGUUUCCCUGGACGCUGGCGACCCCUGAACUUUCGAGGCCCCUGCAGAGCAUGCUGGACUCGGAGCGCAGCGACCUGGCGGUGGAGGUGGAGCAGGUGGAGGAGGAGGUCAGGAGCUCGCUGCGGGAGCUCGGCUUCAGCACGGAGCACCUGCCGAACAGCCCGCCCAAAAACAGCCGCAGCCCCGUCACCGGGGUUUACCGGAUCCUGCUGCACCAAGCCCAGAGGAGGAGGGGCUGCGACAGUCCCCCGGUGGUCCGAGGGAUGGUGAGGGACCCCAAGAGGGAGGGGCUCCGGGCCUAUAAGGGCCUCAGACACACAUCCAAAUUAUGUGUGCUUUCAUAACAGUAUAAUGAAGGUGUUUUUUUUAUGUUUUGUGUUUUUUAUUUAACAUUUUAUGUUGUUUGCAAGGAAGGUUAAGGAUAAAAUGUACUUCAUUUCAGUGCAGAUUGUUUUGGGAUAUGUGCCUUAUGAAGUGAAGAGGCCUGCGUAGGUUAAAAUAUCCGGAACUCAUCAUUUUGUGCCACUUCUUCAAGAUAUGUAAAAUUAGGAACUUAAGGAUCUAAAGGAACACAGUCACAGUAAAUAAUUUAUUUUCUGUGUAAUCACUCAUUGAUGAAAAUAUAUAUUUACAAUCCUUUGGCGUGCACAGCGAGGGGGGUUCCAAAAUAUGAACUUGGUUGUAAUAAUGAGAGGGAAAUGCUUUAAAAACAAACCGUGUCACUUGAAAUGGCUCCUAUUGUUCAUGCAAAACUAAAUAAAUUGUUGGAAAAGAUACUGACGUCACAGAGCAGGUGGGUGCCUUGUUUACAGAAGUUUCACUACGGGCCUGCGAGUAAAUAGCAGUCACGACAGCAGCUGGCAGGACACCAGAUGACACUCGGGACCCCCUCUCCAUCGCCACAACCGGCCCAAACCAGACAGACUCAACCCGGCUCCCCGCACCAAACCCCGCCCCCUCGAGGGGCCUGGCCGACCCCCACCAGCAGGGAUCGGCAGAUGGUUCGGCGUGGCUGCGGAGACAUCUGCAGGCCGAACAAUAGGCGCUCUGUGCGGACCGCUGGAGCUGACA